CGAGCCUCGAAUCACGCAUGUGCGUCACGAGUGUACAGGCUACGAUCGCGAAGGUCAUUCCAAGUUUGACGUCCAUUCACCCUCGGCCAGGCGCGCGCUGAACAUGAGGCGUCAGAAGAAGCCAGACCCUUCCUCGCCACUCCGCGCCAUACUCCUUCCCGCUGACAUCGUCUCGUCAAUUUAGCCUCUCUUCCUCAGUAGGAGGUUCGCUCUCGAGUCGCCGCGGCGACCGGCGACGACUCGCAUUCCGCAGCACGCUGCGCCGCUUUUGAGGCCCUGCGACUCAAAGGCGGCACCCUGAGCAAAUCACGGGGACGCCAUCGCUGCGUGGCUUGAGUGGACUCUAGCACGCUUCGUGGAGCUGCGGCCGAGGGACACCCUGAGCCAAUCUCACUCACGCACAAUCGUCGCGACGCCGAGAAUCAUGCAAACGACGCCAUCGCCGCCGCAUCUCGGGGCGACGGACGACCGAAUGGCCGGCGACGCCGCGGCGGCUACUGCUGCUACUCCAGAGCCCGUGACGCGGCGCGAGGAGUGGGGGUGGUAUCUGUACGACGCGGCGGUAUCCGCGUUUUACUCGGUCGCGUUACCCGUGUUCUUCCCGCUGCUCCUCAACCAGCUCGCCACCGACGCCGCGUGGCAGCAGGCGGGGCAGCCGCGCCCGCCCGACUGCGACAGCGACGGCGGCGGCACGGGCGGCGGCGGAGUCGCCGUGGAUUGCGCGCAGUGCGUGGCGGGCGAGGGCAUGCAGCUGCUGACAUCAGCUGGGUACUCGCCGCUGCCCAACCCCAAGGUGCACCUGUGGGGGGGCGCGGGCAUUGACCCGGUGGCCUUCGCUACAGUCACGCUGGGGCUCUCCGUGGUGUGCCAGGUCAUCGCUUUUGUCACGCUGGGGCCACUGGCGGACUAUGGCAUGGGGCGGAUGCGGCUCCUGCAGGGCGGCACAGCAGUGGGCAUCACGGCCUGUGCGCUCUGCAUGGCUCUCGUGUCGCCCUCCCUUUGGUGGCUCUCGGGUGUGCUCCUCAUCGUCGCCAACGUGGGAUACGGACUAGCCAUAGUCGCCUACUACAGCUUCCUGCCUGUGCUUGUGGACGCAUCCCCGCCAGUGCUGAAGGAAGCGCAGCGCGCAGUGGAGGCACUCGCUGCACAAGCCAGCGACGCAGGUGCCACCAUGGCCGGCAGGGCGGAGGCAGCUUUUGAGUCAGCGCAGAAGGAAGAACUCGCAGCACAAGCAAGCUACGCAGGUGCCACUAUGGGUGGCGGCUUGGAGCCAGGGAAAGGGGCAGAGGCGGGGGGGGAAGCAGGGCUAGCAGCAGAGGGGGCCAGUGGAGAGGAUGGGCAGGUGCUGACUGGGGUAGGGCUGCUCGUGCACGCGGGCAUGGAGGGCAGUCCGGAGUCAUAUGUGGCCGUGGGCUCCUGUGGAGGGCACACAGACGACCUGCAAACCCCACUUCUUGUUGCCAGGGAUCAGGAAGAGAACCGCAUGUCUCUCACGGGCGUGGCGUGUGCCAGCAUCGCCUCCAUCCUUGCGACUCUCCUCGCCUUCGCCGCCACGCUCCCCGUCGCCUCUGAUGCGCUCAAGCUGCGCCUGGCCAUGCUAGCCUGCGCGCUCUGGUGGCUGCUCCUCUCCUUCCCCACCUUCCUCUGGCUCCAUCCUCGCCCCGGCCCGCCCUUCCCACCACUCCCCCUCCCCCUCUCCUCCACCUCCUCCUCCCGCCGUUCCUGCCACCAACUGUGUGCCCUCCUCUCCUCUCUCUUCUCCUCCGCCUUCUCCGGCUGGCGCCACAUGGGCAAGCUCUUCGCCGAGGCCCGGCGCUACCGCAACGCGUUCGCCUUCCUGCUCUGCUACUUCGUCUACGCCGACGGCUACACCACCAUUCUGCAGAUCGGCAUUCUCUUUGGCGAGCGCGACCUGUGCGUGCCCACCACCACGCUCGUCUUCCUCGCCAUCUGCGUGUCCGUCGCCGCCACGCUCUGCACCCCUCUCCUCUUCUACCUGCAGCGCGCGCUGCACCCCGUGCUGACCAACAAGCGCAUGGUGAUGCUCAUGCUCGCGGGCAUGCUGCCACUGCCCCUCUGGGGCCUGCUGGGGUACCUCACCGGCCCCCAGACCGUGGGGCUCAAGGCCCCCUGGGAGCUGUUUGUGUUCGCCUGCUGGUUUGGGUUCUUCCUGGGCGGGCUGAACGCGUACUCGCGGACGCUCUUCAUUGAUAUGAUACCGGUGGGGCGUGAGGCGGCGUUUUUCUCGCUCUAUUCUGUGAGCGAUAAGGGCUCGUCGUGGCUGGGGCCGUUCAUCGUCGCCAUCAUUGUGCAGGUUACGGGUCAAAUCCGGCCCAGCUUUCUCUAUGUCUUUCUGGUCAUCCUCAUCCCCCUGGUAUGCCUGCACUUCUUUGUGAACCACAAGCAAGGGAUUGUUGAUGCCGGCAGGACCACACACCAACUUCACCAGAUGCCAAUUCAUAAUGAUGAAAAUGGAGGACAGUUCAUGAGCUAAAUUAUGAUGAGAUGUUUUGUGGGUGAGUAUUGGUUGGUUUGGUUGCAAUUCUCAAACGACCUGAAAUUAGGGGUAUCUAGCUCGCAAUCAAUAAUGCGGCAAGUGCCGGAUUGUCUACAAUCGAACGCGGUUAACGAAAUUGC